AUGCCUAUGCUCAAGGAUCCCUCCAAGAAGUACAAGAGGUUCCAACCUCUGAACCUCCCAGACCGUCAAUGGCCAGACAAAGUCAUCGAGAAGGCCCCAAGAUGGCUGGCAACAGAUUUGAGAGACGGCAACCAGAGUCUGGUUGACCCCAUGAACGGUGAUCAAAAAUGGCGUUAUUUCCAGAUGCUCACCGAGCUCGGCUACAAGGAGAUUGAAGUAUCCUUUCCCUCCGCUUCCCAGACCGAUUUCGACUUCACAAGACGUCUGAUCGAGACCCCGGGCGCCGUACCCGACGAUGUCUGGCUCCAAGUCCUGUCGCCCUGCAGAGAGGACCUCAUUCGCCGCACAGUCGAUUCGCUGAAGGGAGCCAAGAAGGCCAUUGUCCACAUCUACCUCGCUACCAGCGAAUGUUUCCGGAGGGUUAUCUUUGGAUUCUCGGAAGAUGAGAGCGUGGUUCUUGCUUCCAAGUGUGCGGCUCUGGUACGGUCACUGACCAAGGACGAUCCGUCGCAGUCGGGUACCGAGUGGGCAUUCGAGUUCAGUCCCGAAACUUUCUCGGAUACCAGCCCAGAAUUUGUUGUCAGGAUCUGCGAGGCUGUCAAGGAGGCAUGGGGCCCAACCAAGGAGAACCCCAUCAUUUUCAACCUCCCGGCAACCGUCGAGAUGUCCACCCCAAACGUCUAUGCCGACCAGAUCGAGUACUUCUGCCGCAACAUCUCCGAGCGCGAGAAGAUCUGCGUGUCCCUUCACCCUCACAACGACCGCGGCUGUGCGGUUGCUGCGGCCGAGCUGGCCCAGAUGGCAGGUGCCGACAGAGUAGAGGGGUGCCUGUUUGGCAAUGGGGAGCGGACAGGAAACGUUGAUCUGGUCACUCUUGCCCUCAAUCUUUACACACAGGGCGUGACUCCCAACAUCGACUUCUCGGACCUCCAAAAGGUCAUCAAGACAGUGGAGGAGUGCAACAAGAUCGAGGUUCACCCACGUGCGCCGUACGGUGGGUCUCUGGUGGUGUGCGCUUUCAGCGGAUCUCACCAAGAUGCUAUCAAGAAGGGCUUCCAAAUCCGGGAGAAGGAGGGUAAGGAGUACGACGACCACUGGCAGAUUCCUUACCUCCCUCUGGACCCCAAGGAUAUUGGUCGCGACUACCAGGCCGUCAUCCGCGUCAACUCGCAGUCUGGAAAGGGCGGUGCCGCUUGGGUUAUCCAGCAAAACCUGCAUCUGGACCUCCCACGUGGUCUGCAAGUCGCUUUCGCCAAGGUCGUACAGGCUAUGGCGGAGCAAAAGGGUCGCGAGCUCCUUCCCACUGAGAUUACUGACCUCUUCCGGGAGACUUACCACCUUGACAAGAACUCCCGCUUCAACAUUGUUGACUACAACAUCAACCCCGACCGUUCCGCCUCUCCCGCACCUCCGGCCCCCGGCAAGACCCAGGAUACUAAGAAUCUGAUGAGAGUCUUCGAGGGUGUCAUUUUGAUUGACGGCAAAGAGUACAAGCUCCGCGGCCGUGGCAACGGUCCGAUCUCCAGUGCCGCAAACGCUCUCCGAACCAUUGGUAUUGACUUGGAUGUCCAGGACUACAAGGAGCAUGCUGUCGGCCGGGGACGGGAAGUCAAGGCGGCGACAUUCAUCGAGUGCGUGGCCCCGGGUGUGGAAGAGAAGGUUUGGGGAGUGGGCAUCCACGAGGAUGUGGUCCAGAGCUCGCUGAUUGCGCUGCUUAGUGCUGCCAGCAACGUAAGUGAAGUUGAUGUACACCAAGUCAUUGAUAGUGAGAAGCUAACGCAUUAUUUGCAACAGUUUGCCAGCAGCCGCCAUGGGAGCCCUAUUAUUCCCAAGCAGACUCUUACCAAUGGCGGCCUCCAAGUUCCGGACAUGCAGUCCCUGGAGCACAAGGCCGAAUAA